AUGAAAAGCACUCUCUUUUGUGCCCUUCAGGGCGCCCUCGGGGCCGUGGCUUACGAAUCGUUGGCUCACUUCACCUACGACGGCGAGCGUGGCGAUUGUCGCACGCUCGACGGAUGCGGCAAAGCUGGCAAGGGAAACUGGGUUCCUGACCCAUCCACCAUCGUUUUCCCCCACGAUGGCUACCAUCACGGUAGAUGCUGGGAUCUCUGCGAGGGCAGUGCUCAUUGCAAGCCGAAGGAUGCCUUGGGAAAGGUGUGCUUCGACUUCAAGGAUGACGGCCUCGUCUUCGACUUCCACCCUAUCCAUCGCUACAAGUAUGAGGAUGUGAACGUCUACAUCCAGCGAGACAAGCCCCCCACCGACCACUCGCCCGUCUACAACAUCCAGGGUGGCCAUUGCAUCCCCAAGAAGGAUUGCAAGGAGGUCAAAUGCCACGCCCCCUACUUCUCAUUGACUGACGGCGGCUCCUUCAAGGAGAUGUGCCCCAUCGACGACAAGGGAUCUUGGGUCUUCUACAUCCAGAUCAAGGCUACCAUCGCCCACGGCCACAAGAAGUACGAGCUCUACAGCCGUGGCGUCAAGCCCGACGUCUGCUGGUUCUCCCUCAGCUACUGCUGCACUGAGUGCCCCGACUGCAAGGUUGAUUGCCACAAGCCUUGCCACAAGCCUUGCCACAAGGAGCUGGAGUACAAGCCGUGCCACGGAAAAGAUUGCCACCACCAUCAUCACGAUCAUCACGGGCACGGUCAUCACGAUCAUCACGGGCACGGUCAUCACGGGCAUCACAGCAAGAGGCUUGCAAUUGAGGUUCGAGACCCCGCUGCUAUCGAGGUUCGAGAUCCUUACAGCUACGAAAAGCACGAGCACGAGCACAAGCCAUGCCACGAAAAAUGGUGCUACAAGGAUUGCCACCAUAAGCACGAACAUGAGAAAAAGCCAUGCCACAAAGAGUGCCACUAUGGACAUCACGAUCAUUACGAGCAUUAUGAUCAUCACGGACAUCACGGACAUCAUCGCAAGAGGCUUGCUGACCCUGCAGCAAUCGAGGUUCGAGACCCCGCUGCUAUCGAGGUGCGAGACCCUGCUGCUCUCAAGGCUCGGAACCCUUAUAGUUUUCACAAGCACCAUGACUAUCACGAGCAUUUAUAUGGACAUGAAUUUCACUAUGGGAUUCCACACCACGAUUGCCACCACUGCGGAGACAGCGCCUGCAGAGUGAAAUGCGAGUAUGAGCAUGGGAAAUAUCCCCACCCCUGCCACUACCAUCACAAGCCGUACGAGGGAACCUAUUCCGAAGAGAAAAAGGGAUCCCAUGUCGAGGGUGGCGAAAGAGGAUCGAGAGUCGAGGAGAAGAAGGGAUCCAGAAUCGAGGGUGAUGAAAGAGGAUCGAGAGUCGAGGAGAAGAAGGGAUCUAGAAUCGAGGGUGAUGAAAGAGGAUCGAGAGUCGAGGAGAAAAAGGGACCUGAGUUCGACAACGAGAAGAAGGGAAAGGGCGGCAUUGACGAGAAGAUACAUGUCGAGGGUGGCAAGGAACACACUGAGGGAUCGCGUGUCGAGCAAAAGGAGGGAUCGCGUGUCGAGCAAAAGGAGGGAUCGCGCUUCGAGCAAAAGGAGGGAUCGCGCGUCGAGGGUAACGAAAAGGGAUCUCGAUUCGAUGAAACCACUACCGCUGGAAAGAAGGCCGACGAAAGCUCAAAGAAGGCAGACGACAGUUCAAAGAAGGCCGACGAAAGUUCAAAGAAGGCCGACGAAAGCUCGAAGAAGGCCGACGACACCACAACCGCUGGAAAAAAGACGGAAGACACCACCGCCGGAAAGAAAACAGAAGACACCACCACCGGAAAGAAGACAGAGGACACCACUGCCGGAAAGAAGACAGAGGACACCACCGCUGGAAAGAAAGCCGACGAUACCACCACCGCUGGAAAGAAAACGGAAGAUACCACCGCUGGAAAGAAGACAGAGGACACCACUGCCGGAAAGAAGACAGAAGACACCACUGCCGGAAAGAAGACAGAGGACACCACUGCCGGAAAGAAAACAGAGGACACAACUGGAAAAAAGACCGGUUAG